AUGCCACAGCUUGCAGAGUCGACUGAUCUGCCUGAGAUCCCAUUUACUCUGCGGCAAACAGCUCGCGUGACUCUCGGUGCUGCGUCUCACAUUCGCUUGAGAUUGUCAAAUGCAUUCGGCCUUGAACCUCUGACCGUCGCAGAAGUGGCCAUCUCGCGUUCUGCGGGCAAUGUUUCGGGGACCAAUGCGCUUGAAGAGGGGACAAUACGCCACGUUACUUUUUGUGGGGAUCGCGAAGCUCGUAUUGCUGCUGGAGCACACAUUGUCUCUGACCCAAUUGACUUCGGACUUCUUCCUCCGGCCACCGCUGUGACUAUUAGUCUGUUUCUGCCAAGCAAACUUCCAGCACAAGGAGUUACCUCCCAUCCUGGCAGUAGGACCGAUUCAUGGUUUGCCCCAGGAAAUCAGGUGUCUGAAUUGAGGUAUUUUAUCAGUGGAAUUGAAACUCUUGUACCUCGUGACUUUGGUGCAUUUGCAUUGAUUGGAGAUAGCAUCACCGACGGACGUUGUAGUACAACAAACGCCGAUACUCGAUGGCCAGAUCUUCUUUUUGGUCGCCUGCAGAAGAGCCCGAUCGUACCACCACUUUCCAUUGUCAACCAAGCAGCUGGCGCAAAUUGUGUUCUCGUUGACGGCUCAGGUGGUCCCAGCGUCCUUGCCCGUCUAGACCGGGAUCUCCUCUCUCUGUCAGGAGUACGUUACGCAUUGAUUUUCGAGGGUAUCAAUGACAUCGGUAUAUCUUUAACCGAUCCAGAGAGCCAGGCAAUCUUGCAAAAGCAACUGAUCGCGGGCUACAUGCAAGUUGCUACUCGGCUUUCUGCAGCUGGCAUUAUUGUAAUUAUCGCAACAUUGACACCGUUUAUGACCAGCGAAGAAGGGGAACAUAUCAAGGUAUUAUCUCCAUAUUCGCAUCCUGCUCGCGAAGUGACGCGGCAGCAUGUAAAUGCGUGGAUACGCAGUCAUGGUGCAGCCUUCUUUGACGCUGUUGUUGACUUUGAUGCUGUGUUGCGGGAUCCGGAGGAUGUCUCAUUCUUAGCAAGUCAGUACGACUCUGGGGACCACCUACACCCGAAUGAGAGAGCCUUCGAAGCACUGGCCAGUUAUUUCCCCAUAGAUGUAUUGGGUAUUGGGCAACUAUAA